GAUUCUCUCUGUUAAAGAGCAUGCGCCUCAUUAUCGCACUGCAGGAACAAGUGGAAGGUGGAAGGCUGUUUUAUGUGUGACAGGACCCCAGGAAAUCAACACAUUCUGCCUUUGAGCCAUGAGCAAACGAAAACUGAGUUUUAAAUGGUUUGGGAGCCUCACCAAUCUCUCCAGCCGCCAUUCGCCAGAGAAGAAGACCGUCCUCAAAGCAGCCCCAGAGCAUGAUGGAAGUCUCAGCAGAGCAGCAGCACCAGCAGUGGGGGGUGAGACAGUGGACGACAUGUCCUCCUCCCGCAGCCCCAGCUACGCCCGCUCCAGCGACAUGUUCUCACACGUGGGCACUGUGCCCCGCAGCGACAAGCAGAGGAAGAGCUUCAAGGGGAUAAAGGAAAAGAACAAAAAAGAGGACAUGGAGGAAGGGAUGAGUGGGGGGCAGAGCAAGUGGAAGGCGGAGGAUUCUGUUAGAGCCUCCCCCCUCCUCAGUGCUCUUUCCAGCCUCGGUGUGAACAGCAUGGAGCAGCCCCAGCCAGCCUCUGGAUCGGCCCGGCCGCUGCCUGCCACUCCAAUGCUCAGCCGAGCCUCACCUUUGACCUCAGCACCUGACGGCUGCACCAAUGAUCACUCAGCAGAUCCCAUCACCGGCCAUGAUGCACUAACGAGCGGAAAGCCUUCAAAGACGCCAGCUAGUGGCCGCAAAACUUCAAAUCAGGACGUAUAUGUGCCGAUGGACCCGAUAACUGACUCACAAACAGAGAGGCCUCCAAGUGUCACACAGGAAACCAGCAAGACUUUAAACAGUUCAAAGGAAGUGGAGAGCGAUAACAAUCGUCAGAACACGCGAGAUGGUGGUGGAGAAUAUGUGAAGUUCUCCAAGGAGAACCUCUGGUUGGACCCACCAUCAGACAAACUGAGGAAGCAGCUGGAGGAGGAGCUGAAGCUAAGCGCCGCGAACCUGAAGAGUCACGCCUGGUACCAUGGAUGCAUCCCGUGGGAGGUGUCAGAGAGCCUAGUGGUGAACCAUGGAGAUUUCCUCAUCAGGGACUCUCGGUCCAGUCAGGGCGACUUUGUCCUCACCAGCCGCUGGGAGCAUAAAACAUUUCACUUCCUCAUCAAGAAGACGAUGGUUCAUUCCAGUGAGACGUACACUAGGUUCCAGUACAGCCUGGAUGGUGAGACCUUCGACUCCUUACCGGCUCUUGUUCACUUCUACGUGGGCGGCCGGGCAGCCCUGACCCAGUGGAGCGGAGCUAAAAUUCACCAGCCUGUUAACAGGAUCUUGCCUCUCAGCCACCUGGAGAUGGCCUUCAGCACCACCGUCAGCCCACCAUCCGGCCACAGAGGGAGGAGGAGCGGCAGCGUUGAAGGAGAGGACAGGCUCUGUCCGAGAAGUCCUUCCUGUCUCCGCCAGAGGGAGGCAGACUUUAACAGGGAGAAGGAUGGUCAGCGAAUGGCUGAAGAAUCUUAUCUAUCUACUCCAUACAACCACACCUCACACUCAAGAAGUCCGAGCAGUAGCCGGGAAACCAGCGUGACUCUGUCCCCACCCUCUCCAAACAGCACUUUGCACACACAGCGCCUUGACACACCUCAGCCUCAUCAGAACCUGGUCUCCACCUGCUCUGAUACAGACGGAAGCUGCUACACAGAGCUAUACCCUGGCACUCAGAGCUACGUGGACAGGCUGCGAGUGGAGGAAGGGUCAUCAGCCAUCGACCCACUGAGGGCGGAGGAUGGGAAUGUGUACUUCUCACCAGUGGUGGAGACAGUCUCUUGUUUCAAACCCAGUGGGUACCACUCUCAGCUGAUGCCCAAGAAUAACAAGCCCCUGGAGGUGGGCAUCCUACGGAGGGUGAAGGAGCUCCUGGCCGAGGUUGACCCCAGCACUGCAGCCAAACACAUCACCAAGGCUGACUGCAUGGUGGCCAGGAUUUUGGAGGUGACUCCAGAGGUUCAAAGGAUGAUGGGAGUUAAUUCUGGGAUGGAGCUCCUUACGUUGCCACAUGGCCAACAGUUGAGGCUGGACCUGCUGGAGAGGUUUCAAACCAUGGCGAUCAUGUUGGCCGUGGAUGUGUUGGGCUGCACCGGGACAAAUGAGGAGCGGGCCAGCCUUCUUCAUAAAAUGAUCCAAAUUGCGGCUGAGCUCAAGAGCACCAUGGGGAAUAUGUUUGGCUUUGCCGCUGUCAUGAAAGCGUUGGAGCUGCCACAGGUGUCCCGACUGGACCAGACGUGGAUGGUGUUACGGCAGCGUCACACAGAGGCCGCUAUUCUCUAUGAGAAGACCCUGAGGCCAUUUAUGAAGAGCCUUAAUGAUGGAAGAGAAAGCUGUCCGCUGUCCAACACCACUUUCCCCCAUGUCCUCCCUCUCCUAACCCUGCUGGAAAAGAGCAUGGCGAUGAGUGAGGGGACGGAGCCAUGGGAGACGGUGGAAGUUGGGGUGGAUGUGGUCAUGUUCCACCUCGGGGCAGCAAGGACUAUCGCUCAGCUGGGAGGCAUCUACCGCUCCAACGCUGAGAGCAAACUGCAAGGUUUCCAGGAGCAGGCCGAGGUCCUAGAGCUUUUCUUGACUGAUUUCCAGAUGAGGCUGCUGUGGGGGAGCAGGGGAGCUGAGGAGAACCAGGCUCUGCGGUACUCAAAGUUCGACCAGGUGCUUACAGCUUUGUCCAACAAGCUGGAGCCCCCAGUCAGACGACACUGACCCCAGACCUGCUUUCGAAAAACUGGGUUUAUGUGGAAAAUAGCUCAUUUCUACAUGGACUAGUCUUGGGUUGAACACUGAGCACCUCCUCCUAGUAGCCUUCCGUUUAACAAAUGUAACAGAUACUUGAAGUGUAUAAUUAACUCUGGCUAACAACUGCAUUUUUAUCAGUGACUUGACUUCAGACUCAAUUUGAAAGUACUAUAAGAAAGAGGACAUUUUUACUCUAACUGAGAACUUACACCACUUUAGAGUUCCUAAACCUCAAUGGCAGAAACUAACCAGGUUGUCAGCAGGUCUUAUUUAAUAUAUUGAGGUUCAUUACCACAGUCAGUAUUCGAUGUCACUGUAAAUACUUGGUUCUGCUGUGGUUUCAGGAAGCCCUGACAUCUGUUUUCAUUAUCUAGUUAGUGAGACGGGGCUGUGCCUUUGGAUGCUUGAUCUAUGUGCUGUAUAUUGUCUUCCUGAAGGCUGGACCUUCAUUAAUCCUCCAACUGCAUGUCAGAAUUUACAACACAAUAACAGAAUAACAGUGUAUUUUUUUUGUUUUGUCUUUAUUUUAAUGUCUGUAUAAUUUGGAUUUUCUAAGCGAAUUUCUAAGCGAUUUUCUAAUCUGUUAAGGUUUUUCUGUACACUUAUUUUUAAUUGAGAGUGAACCAGUUCAAAUUGCUUGAUAUAUAGCAGAUUUUUCAAAGACUGUGAAAUGUAAAUAAACAUAUUUACCUCACUGGGAAGCCAGUCUUUUGGAUAAAACAAUUUUCUCUUCUCUCAUUAAGCCAAAGUGAAUUUCAUCAAAAACGAGAUUUAUGGUACUUGGAAUAACUUGUGGAUUUUAAAAGUCUUUCAGUCUUAAAAGGUCUCAUGUUCUCUUUUUAUGAAACAAUUAAAAAUCUAAACUCUC